UAUGGGGAGACACUGGGGUGGGAAGAAGCCCAAGGGAGGUGUUGCAGGGCUCUAUAUGGGCUCUAUAGGGUCUGGGGGCGGGGCAGGGGGGUCCCGGGCUGACCGGAGCCCCCAGCCCCCCCCCCGUCCCGCCAUGCUGCCGCUGCUGCUGCUGCUGCUGCCUGUGCCACCUGCACUGCCGGGCACCGUGGAGGUGACACGGCCCCGCGGCGUCUCCCUCUCCAACCACCACUUCUACGAGGCCUCGAAACCCUUCACCUGCCUGGACGGCUCGGCCACCAUCGCCUUCGCUUGGGUCAACGACGACUAUUGUGACUGUCGCGACGGCUCUGACGAGCCUGGGACGGCGGCGUGUCCCAACGGCCGUUUCCACUGCACCAACGCUGGGUACCGGCCCCAGAACAUCCCCUCGGCCCACGUCAACGACGGCGUCUGCGACUGCUGUGACGCCACCGACGAAUACGACAGCAGCGCCGCCUGCGAGAACACCUGCAAGGAGCUGGGCCGGCGGGAGCGGGAGGCUCUGCAGCGCCGGGCAGAGGUGGCCCGGGAGGGCGCCCGCAUCAAAGAGCAACUGGUGCAGGAGGCGGCUGCGGGGCGGCAGGAGAAACAGGGCCGGCUGGGGGGGCUGCAGGAGGCCCGGCGGGGGCUGGAGCAGCGUGUGGGGACCCUGCGGGCGGCCAAGGAGGCGGCGGAGGGGCCCGAGCGGGCAGCCAAGGAGGAGCAUCAGCGGCGCUGGGAGGAGCAGCGGGCGGCAGCAGCGGCGGAGGCGGAGGCGGCGCGGGCGGAUGAAGCUUUUGCCGAGCUGGACACCGACGGGGAUGGGUGGGUGACGGCGGGGGAGCUGCGGGCCCGCCCCGAGCUGGACACCGACGGGGAUGGCGUCGUCUCAGAAGAUGAAGCCCAGGCGCUACUGGGGGACCCGGCACCAGUGGACGCUGCCACCUUCCGUGACCGUCUCUGGGCCACCAUCAAGCAGCGCUACCAGCCCCAGGGCCAAGCUGAGCCCCCUCCGCCCCACCCUGAGCCCCCCCUAGAGGAGACCCCCCCCGAGGAGGAGGAGGAAGAAGAGGAAGAAGAGACUGAAGAGGAAGAAGAGGAAGAGGAAGGUGGCGAAGGCGGUGAAGGCCCCGAGGAAGAGCUGAAGGUCCCGCCCCCCCAGCACCCUGAGGAGAAGGGCCCUGAGGAGCCCCCCCCAACACCGCCCUUUGAUGCUGCCACUCAGGCCCUGAUUGAUGCCGCCCAGCGGGCCCGUGAGGAGCUGGAAGAGGCUGAGCGAGCUCUCAAGGAGGCUGAGGAGUCCAUCAGGGCCCUGGAGCAGGAAUUGGCUUUCGACUUCGGUCCCCAGGGCGAAUUCUCCUACCUGUACAACCAGUGCUACGAGCUGGGCACCAGCGAGUACAUCUACCGCCUCUGCCCCUUCAAACGCGUCUCCCAGAAACCCAAACACGGCGGCGCCGAGACCAACCUGGGGACAUGGGGCACCUGGGCCGGCCCCGAGCACGAUCGUUUCAGCGCCAUGAAGUACGAGCACGGGACAGGCUGCUGGCAGGGCCCCAACCGGGCCACCACGGUGAAGCUGUCGUGUGGGACGGAGACGGCGGUGACGGCCACCACGGAGCCCAGCCGCUGCGAGUACCUGAUGGAGCUGGUGACGCCCGCAGCGUGUCGCAACCCCCCCUCGCACGAGGACCACGACGAGCUCUGACCCCGGGUACUGCUGUUGACAAACCCCCCCCCUCGCACGAGGAGCUCCCCCCUCGCACGAGGACUCAUCUUGCACGGCCAUCACGUUCUGUCCGUGCCUCAGUUUCCCCUUGGGACACACACACACACACACGCUGUUCCCUUGAGAGGACAAUCCCCAUUGCUUUUGUCCCCAGGGGGGCCCCCCCCUUAUUCCCCCGGGGGGAGAUGGUGACAGCACGGUCCCUGCCUCAGUUUCCCUCUCCCACAGCCCAGUGGGAGCUGCCAGGACCUUGAGGGACCGCAACCCCCCACCCCGUGGGGGGAGCAUUUUUUGGGGACACACACACACACACGCAGAGGCCGCUGCGACUGAGCCGGGGUGGGGUGGGUGGGCAGGGCGGAAUAUCGGACUCUUCCAUCAUUCUCCAACGCGAGACAUAAAAAUAAAAAUAGAAUUUAAAA